CUUGCUCCUGCUGUUGCUGCUGUCGUUGCGGAGUUUUAAUUGGCUUUCGUAUACGAACGAAUGGAAGUCGAUACUCUAUGCGUACAUUUUCUUUUUUUUUUUUUUUUUUUCUCCAGUUUUGAGUGGUGAAAAGUGGCAUCUUUGGUGGCUGUGACGUUAAAGUGCUUUUGCACGUGUAAAGGAUCGAAAGGUGCUCCUUUGAAAGGAUCAUUAUCAAUAUAGAUCGAAGAGCCACGAAUUGUCCGAUGAUCGAGCGAGGGUGUCGACAGCAGCAAGGGUGAACAUUGGCCAAUCCUUCCCCUUUGUAUACGGAGCACGGGGGUAGAUGACCAUGGCGACCUGCAGGCAGCCUCGAGCUGCGUCUCACCACCACCACCACCACCACCUGCAGGUACUUUCGGGGGUGCAACAACAGGCUUAUCAUCAGCCGGACUUUGCAAUGGUGAGCAAUGGCCUGUCUUCGUCGAGGCAGAGCUUACAGCACCUUCGGUAUUCGCCGCAGAUCCUCGAUAUGGUCUACUUUGCCUUAGCCGAUCAGAAUCAGCAUCGACAGGCGGAACAGAGCAAACUAGUAUCGGGGCUGUGGAACAGCGCUUUUCCGGGAAAAGGCCUCACGGAGAGCAUCAACGAUGUCGCCGACUACUUUAGCAAUCUAAACUUAAUCGACAAAAAACAUAACAAAAAACCUCCGACCGAUUACAUGUGCCACGUGUGUUUUAGCACACAACACUACAUUAAGGACUGUCCGAAGAAAUUGUUUCAGGCCCGUCCGAAGGGUGAUGGAAAAACGCCGUACCAAGGCAAGAAGCGUUGCUUUGGUGAAUACAAAUGCCCGAAAUGCAAGCGCAAAUGGAUGUCGGGAAACAGUUGGGCCAACAUGGGCCAGGAGUGCAUAAAGUGCCGCAUCAAUGUUUACCCGAACAAACAACGGCCCCUGGAAAAACCGGAUGGCCUAGAUGUGUCGGACCAGAGCAAAGUACAUCCGCAGCAUCUUUGCGAGAAAUGCAAGAAACUUGGCCAUUACUGCAGACGCGAACAGUGA